AACUGGCUCUCAUGUGGUGAAGUCCAGACCUCCACCUCAGACUCAUUAAUCUGAUCAGCAUCAGGUGCGUCCUGUUGGUUCACAGCUGAAAACUCAUUAAACAUCAGGUGCAGCUGAAACUCAAGUCUUUUGUCGUGUGUGAAGCUUUUCUGCGGCAGCUUCACAUACAUACUUAUAUAAUUAUAUAUAUGACAUAUGUGCGUGUGUGUGUUGAUUUCUAUGUUUGGUUAUUUAUUGAAGCAGCAUCAGAUCCAGAAGCAAAUGUGUUUGCUUGAGUUGUUUCAUUCAGUUUGCGUUUGUUUUACUUUUUGCUUUUUCUGUCCUGUAAUAAUUCAGCCGUAGGAACAUCCUACCUGGGUUUUAUUCUCCUGAGAGGUUUUUAACUGUUUGAGUUCAUUGUGCUGAGCUGCUGGGUCUGGGUCUGGUUCUGGUUGUGGGUUUGGGUUUGACUGAAGCCAUGAAGGAGGAGAUUGCUGCUGCUGUCUUCUUCGUGGCUCGUCUGGUGAGGAGAUAUGGAAGUCUGGACAAUGACAGCAGGGAACACUUCGCCGCCGCCCUCACCUCAGUUCUGUUUGAGAACUACAAGAACCACUGGCACCCCCACGCACCCACCAAGGGCCAGGCCUACAGGUGUCUCCGUAUGAACCGUCUGCGGCUUCAGGACCCGGUUCUACAACAGGCCUGUGAACGCAGCAAGGUCCGCUACAAGGACCUGGGUCUGCCUCAGGAGCUGACCAUCUGGGUCGACCCUGGAGAGGUUUCAUGCAGAUAUGGUGAACACAGUGCUCCGUUCUGCGUCUCAGUGGUGGAUGAAAGUCGCCGUGGAGACGGGGAGUUUUCCCGCCGUAUCCAUGAAGCUGUGGAGCGGGCCAGCCUGGACGUCCAGUCAGGUUCGUCUUCAGACGAGGAGGACGGAGGCAGAGACGUCACCAUGAGCAGCAGCAGCAGCAGCCUAUUGGCUCUUUGCCCCACACCGACUCCGCCCACAAACCCUGAACCCAAAACCAUCCCGACUGUCAGCAACCCCAACAGCGUCUACCGGUUCAGUGAGUUCGCUCCAGGAGCCCCUCAGACCUGGCUGACGUACCAUAAGCGGAACGCCUUCUCCGGGGAGGCGUUCCCCCCUCUGCCUGCUCUGGCUGCAGCUCAGACCUCACAGUUCUCCAACCAGAAAGGCUUCAAAACCUACCGGGCCACCUUCACCUUCACUGGGCCCCGGGUCGACAAGUACCACUGGGUCAGCAAAUCCCGAUCCUAGAGCGGACUGAACCCACAAUCAGACAUCACCGGCAGGAAAAAAUACUCUAGGUGAUUUUUUUUUUUUUUUUUUUUUUUUUCCAGGACAGUUUGUCUUUAAAAGGAUAAGUUUAUUAUGAAAUGAUUUAAAGUAAUGCUGUUUAAGCAUGUUUUUAAACCUUGGUGAAUCUGAGUGUUUUUACUGAACCUCCCUUAUAAAUGUUUUAAAUUAAAGGAAGUGUGAAUAAAGUAACAUUGAACUGUGGUUGAAAAAUAAAUGCGUCCAUUUCA